GAGCUGAAGUUGGAUUGUGCAACCAGAAAAACAGAUCUGAUACAUUGAAUGAACCAAAAUAAAUCUAUCUAGAAACCAACAUGUCAGUUCAUUUUAAAACCACUUCAAAGAUGUUUGCAUCGAUGUUGUCAUUUUAAAUGCAUUUGUUUUCAGUUGGAAUUUGGAGAAAAAAGUUCGGUGUGUCAUUAAUUUGAAAUUGCAACUCAGUCCAUCAUCUAUAAUCUACUGUGAACCUGACGAUGCUUUAUUUGAUUGUUUCAUUGAUUGCGCUGACCAUAUGUGCGGUGCAACCUGUGCCAGCAAAUAACUUUGGUAACUGUGAUUAUCACGUAAGAUUAAAUGCAAACGAGGGAACAUCCGUGAUAAAUCCAGGGGGGUAUGUUGGCAUCUUUGGAUAUUUUGGAUAUUUUGGCUUUUUUGAUCCCGGUUCAUCAUGUCGCUAUCACAUCGAAUGCCCACAAAACUAUAUGAUUCGUCUAAUUUGCUACAUUAAUAUCGCUGUUACGAGUGAUGAUUGUAAAACCGAACAGUUUCGUGUACUGGAUGAUGGUACUAAUAAAAUAAUGGAAAGAGGCAGAUAUUUUUGUGGUCAAGGUGUGAUUACAUUUAAGUCACGCUCAAAUUUCAUCACUUUCGGUCAUACCUCAACAUAUUAUAGUGGAAGAUAUAACUGUACACUUGUCUCAAUUUUUGAAAAUAAUGUGAAAUAAUAAGGAUUUUUAUAUUUUUUGCCACUAAAAUAUCGUUAUUACGAAUAA